AUGGCACACAACACCGAGAACGAAGAAACCGAAUUCAAAGCCGUACCUGAAUCGCGAAAGGUCUGCAUCAGCUGCGGCGUCGCCGGAAUCUCCGCCGCGAACAUCUGCCAGGUCUGCUUCAACGCGACGGCCACCGCCUCUUCUUCUACCAUCAAACCUCGUAGAUCGGCCUCGAUCAAGUCGCCGGAGGAGAUCAGAUCGGAUCAGACAACGAAGAACGCGGACGAAAAAGGCGAUCCGAUCGCGCCGGUGAAAAAGGAGGUCAAUCGGUGCUCAGGCUGCCGGAGAAAGGUCGGUUUGACCGGAAUUCGAUGCCGCUGCGGCGAGCUGUUUUGUCCGGCUCAUCGAUACUCCGAUCGACACGAUUGUAGUUACGAUUAUAAAGCCGCCGGAAGAGACGCGAUUUCCCGGGAAAAUCCGGUGGUUAAAGCUGCCAAGAUCCUUAGAAUAUGA